GUUGCACAACAGAAGACAAUUAAAAAUGAAAAUAUUCAUCACUUUAAUCUCCGUUUGUAUUCAUUUGGCUUGGUCAAUCUCAUCAAUAUCUGAAGAAUGUGCUAAAGUUCAAUGCAACAAAGCACCUUUAAAAUUAUACAACGAGUUACAUUGUUUUCCUGUAAAUAAAAAUAAUUGCUGUCCAUCGUAUGAUUGUUGGGGUUAUUAUUCACUUGAUUAUUGUCGUAUUGGAAAUAGAAAAUUAAAAGUAGGACAACAAAUUACAACACCAAAAAAUAGUCCAAUUUUAUAUGGAUGUUCAUGUGAAAAAUCAAAAAAACAAAUUCCUUCAUCAGUGUGUGGAUACCCGUCAAAAUCUGCAAAUAUUAAAUCACAAAAUAAUCAAGGAAUUGAUAAUGAUGUUACCUGUAAAGUCGGUGAUAAAAUUUAUAAAAAUGGUGAAUUUUUUGUACCACCAGGAAGUCCAAAAGAGUAUUGUUUUUGCGAUAAAAAUUACAAAGGUAUUUAUUCAUACCCGUCGUGUAUCAAGAUAGAUAAUAAUACCAGCUGUUUUAUUUUAUCUAAAUUUUCUAAUGAAAUUAAAAAUAAUUGUGCACCAGUUUAUAAAAAUAUUGAUUCAUUGAAAGAUGAUUGUCCUUCACAUUUCGAAUGUCAGAAAUUUAAUCACAAGAUUACAAGUAAUUCAAUUGUUAAAAUUUCAACUGAUAAUACAUGCUUUUUUGGAUCAAUGAAAGUUCCAAUUGGUCAAGAAGUUGAUAUUGGAAAAAAAAAUAUAAAAUGUUCAUGUCAAAUACCACCAGCAGUGACAUGCAUCGAAUACGAAAAUUAUUAA